AUGGAAUUUCAACUCGCUGCUGAGCUUAUGCACAACUCUUUCACUCUGAAUGAGAAAGAGUUGGCUAAAAGCUACUCUGAAUCUUUCUAUCAUGAUGAACCUAGCCAGACGGUCUAUGUUCGUCGGGCCUGCUUCCAGUUACAAAACGUGAUAGAGGAAGUGCAAGAAUACAUGAAAGUCAACAACCAUCACUACCUUUGUAGAUUGGUUCUGUACUGCGAUACUAUCGAUCUCCCUGAGGAACUGGUAGUUGGAUAUGAAGAUCCAGCGAAACACUUUGAACUGCGAGUAUUCGCACGAAAGGUGCAAUGCCAGAACCCUAGUAACGCUCUUCGCAUGCAUUUUUCAAUCGAUUGCCAGUUGGCCAUCUACACUUACGCAUUGCAAGAAGGCUUUACCGUCAGAUUUCUGUUUCCCGACCGCGAACCUCAGCCGGUGAAAUUGUCUAUUGACGAAGACAAAUGGGGAAUCGAGGUCAAUUGGACCGGGAUAGACUUCUAUAUCGAACAGCAAGAUUCCAGGUCGCUUGACAUGACCACCGCCGACUACUUGAGUCGUAUCAAAAGCGACGGAACUCUGGAAAAGAGGAGUUUCGUAAGAUACAACGACAAUCUUCCCAGACUUGUUGCCUACCAGUUUCUUGUUGCCGCUACGGUCAUACGAACCAAACCACAGCUUGCUCUCGGCAUCUUGAACUGGGAACGAAAAGUGUUCAGCGUUCCCUCGGUAAACAUCUACGCAAGCAAACAAGUCCUUGAGUCCAGACUGGCGGCUAGCAUGGCAUUUGAGCAAGCAUUCCAGAAUUUCGUUGCCCAAGAGCGUGCUUCUGCCGCGAUGCUUGGACAAACCAUGAAUCUCAUCGCCAAAAGCGAGGAUGCCAUGUCUGAGUAUGCGUUCCUUGAAGAAGUAUCACAAAAGGCCUACCGCCCUGCGCAGUCAGCCAGAGAAUCCGCCUUCCAACGCUAUAACAAGAACAACACAGACCUUAUCCCCCUCCAGAAUGCCUUUAGCAAGGGACUCGACGACUGGGUUAGGAAAGAAAAGAUUGAAGCAGCCAAAUCUGUCUUUUCAGCUUGCAUCGGGACAAUCGGGGCUAUAGCGGCAACUGUAGCCUCUGGUGGCCUCGCAGCUCCUAUGGUACCCGCUGCUACGUACCUGCAAACACAGGAGAACCUAUGUCAGCGAGGCAACGAGCUAGCAUUGGUGUUACUCAAGGUGAAGCUCCAGCACAAGGACCAAAAGCGCCUGGCACUAUCUGCAACUGCUACAGAGCAACAAGGAGCUGUGCUGGACCUCCUCAAGCGGGCUAUGUUUGAUCGUCUUUUGACAAUUCGAUCUUUGGUCUUUCUUGAUUUUCAGAUUUACUCCGAGGCUUACAUGUUUCAUGCUUUGACUGAUAGACCGCCAGUACACAUCUCCCCUGUCAAGCCGGUGCCUGACUACCUGGAAGAUGCUGCGAAGUUUCAGGCGAAUAUUGCGACUUUUGGAUCCCGAGUUAUGCUGACGCUACGGCUUUGCAAAUUCGGCUUCUCAGAGGUGAUGCUGUCAAUGUUACACAGAUGCUAUCUCGAAGGAGCCACUGCGGCCUCAUCAGUUGAGAAGAACGACCUACGUCUGCUCCUACGUACUUCUGGGAGAUUUUACGACAUCAAUCUACCAGGAAGCAAGAAGGAUGGACCUGUUGAGUACAAUGCUUAUGUUGGAGAUGCUCGCACCUUGAUGUUUGAGUAUAACAUUGAUGAUGGAUCAAUCACAUGUGAUGCAGAAUAUGGGCAACGUCUGGACUACACUCAGCAUAGUCCCUUGACUGAGUGGGCAAUAUCGAUUGCUCCUGGAGGCCUGCAAGCAAAGGAUCUGGACAUGAGCGGCAUUACAGGUCUUAGGAUGGAACUCUGGUGUGAUUUUACUUUGAGAUUAUGA